AAAAAGGUACGAGGGUGUGAAAUCUGUAAACGGGAAGAAGCAAGCUCCACCCGCACCAAUGCCAAGCGCGACCCGGCCGAGGAAAUGCCGACCGAAUUUGGAGACUCGCGACGAAACAUGUCCAUCACCAUCCGUCCUUCCAGCUUCCCAAUUGCGGGCCAACCAUGAUUUCUUUCCUUUCUUAGCAUUCAUAAUACACCACAGAAUCAUUCACAAUGAGCUCCCGCUCCCUCGGCGAGCUCCUGCUCCGCCCAACCUCGCUCUUGCGCCUCUCCUGUGCCCAAAUCCUCCCACGGGUAGCACCAUCAUGGACCGCACAUCGCACAAUAUCGACCUCGAGAACACCCCAAGCCGCACAGCCCCGGGCCAAAGAAGACCUAUCCUUUGACGGCCCGGCUCAGCCCGACGUCCCCGCGAGCGCAGAACGCACCAGCGAAGCCAUCGACAGCCUCUUCAGCUCCAUGCCCGGGCGCGCCUUCGCCCGCCAGUCCCCGGCGGCAUAUACACGCACCUCGCAAGAGGAGGCCGCGCGCAAGGCCUUCGGCAGCAACUUCAGCAACGCGCGGUCUGGCUCCGCAUUCCAGCGGCGCACCGCAGGGCUCGACUUCGACAGCAUGAGCAUGGACGGCCUGCCGCUCAACCUGCCGAACCAAGCCCCGGCUGUGCCCCUCGAGCCCGAAAAGCAGGUGUAUCCCCGGCUGAACCCGGCGUUUGGCCGGACGGUUGACUUGAGGCCUGAGGCUGGACGUGACCUGGUGAGAGGAAUCACCAUGUUGAGCAGUUUAGUGUCGAGGAACAAGAUUCGCCACGAUAUGAUGAAGCAGAGGUUCCACGAGCGACCUGGGCUGAAGCGGAAGAGGCUGAAGAGUGAGCGGUGGAGGACGCUGUUCAAGAAAGGGUUCCAGGAGGUGACGGGGCGUGUGAGCGAGUUGACCAGGAAGGGGUGGUAAAUUGGAUACCAUGGAGACGAUGGUUGUGCUACGGUCGAUUCCUGUCACGUAAAAGUAGGGUCGGCGUGCAUUCUGUACAAUUACUGAUGUAUUGUUGUGGUUACUGUCCGGCAUAUAGAAAGGUGAACACCUCGAUUGUACAAAAUUCACCUACAUUCUCAAUCCCGCGUAUGUA